UUUAACCUUCACCAGCGAAGGGGACCGUUAGCUGGCCGUGCCCAUAUUAAACUGUCAUCCACGCCCAUUCGCAAGAUAAAAUAAGAUUUAAUUUUUUUCCUGUUCUAAAUAGGUGUUGAUCCAUUUGCUCGACGAGCUAUAUGGGAUCUUGUAUUAAAAUAUAAACCAGGGCGAACCAUUGUAUUAUCAACACAUCAUCUCGAUGAAGCUGAUUUAUUAAGUGAUCGUUUAGCAAUAAUAUCAUCCGGUGAAUUACAAUGUGUUGGUACAACAAUGUAUUUAAAACGAAAAUAUGGUGAAGGUUACAAUUUAAUUAUUGAAUUAGCAUCAUCAUCAGAUGAUAGUGUUCUUAAACCAAUUAUAAAUAAAAAUUCUUCGAUUAAUUCAUUACGUUUUCUAAAAUUAACUGAUUUUCUUCGUCAGUUUAUAGUUGAUAUUUGUGUAAAAGAACAACAUGGUGAUCAAAUAACUUAUAUUUUAAUCGAUGAUGCUAAACAUACAAAAUAUUUUCCAAAAAUGCUUGCUGAACUUGAUGCGAAUAAAAAGAAAUAUCAAAUAAAAAGUUAUGGUUUAUCAAAUAGUAGUCUUGAACAAGUAUUUCUUCGGGUUGCUAAUGAAAUUAAACGACCAGAAGAUUAUGAACGUUUAUCAUGGUGGAAAAAAUUUCAAAAUCGUUUUAAGAAAUCAGACAAAAAAGUUGAAGAACAAACACAAAAACUAGAUGAUAGCGGUAAUGAUAAUGAUAAUGAUGAUGAUGAUCAAUUAGAAACCAAUACAGGAUUAAGUAAUGAAUGGAGUGUUUAUACUGUUGAACGAUAUACAGGUAUACAUCGUACAUUUAUACAAAUAAAAGGUUUACUUAUUAAACGUUUUCAUCGAACUAAACGUAAUAUAAAAGGAUUAAUAGCUGAAAUACUCCUUCCAAUUAUUUUCAUAUUACUCGCUAUGCUUGUUACAACAUUAUCCCCAAAUACUGAUAUACCACCAAUGCUUAUUCUUCAUCCAUGGUAUUGGAGUAAUCCUAAUCAUAUAUUUCAAUCAUUAUCGAAUAAUAACGCUUCGAAUAUAUCGCAAACAAUUCAACAAACAUUUACAAAACCACCAUCAUUAGGUACACGUUGUAUACCAUCAACAAUGCUCAAUCAAAAAUUAUAUCCAUGUUCAAAAACAAAUGCAACUCACGUUAAUGUUACAACAAGUUAUGAUAUAAUGAAUGCAUUAAAUCAAGUUAAUUAUAAUCAAACACGUAUAUCACCAGAAUGUGAUUGUUGGCAAAAAAUGCAAACAUGUCCCAUAGGUAGUGGUGGCCCUUCAGCUAAUUAUGAUAUAAUUGAAACAAAAGAUAUUUUAUAUGAUUUACAAGAAUUUAAUAUAAGUGAUUGGAUAGUAAAAACAGAAUAUAAUCUAGAAUAUUUAAUGAAACGUUUCGGUGGGUUUGAAUUUUUAUUACGAUAUAUGCCGAAUGAUGUACAACUUGUUAAUGAAAGAUUAAUUAAUCAAAUAAUUAAUAUAACAAAUCCAAAAAAUCAAUCAUCAUUAUCAACAAUUGAUGCAACAAAAAUUGCUCCACUCUUUCGAAUUUUUCCACCACAAGCUUCAAUUUGGUAUAAUAAUAAAGGAUGGCCAGCAAGUGUAGCAUUUCUAAAUGUAUUUAAUAAUGCAUUGUUACGAGGUCUUCUCUUACAAAAUAAUUCCACAAUGUCAGUUGAUAAUUAUGGUAUAACAGCAAUAAAUCAUCCAUUACCACAAAGUCAAAUUGAAAUCGAUAGUGAUGCUUUACAAAGUCUUGCUGCAAUUCAACUUUUUACAGCAAUAUGUGUUAUAUUUGCAUUAGCAUUUAUUCCGGCAAGUUUUCUUGUUUUUCUUAUUGAUGAACGUAUCACAACAUCAAAACAUUUACAAUUUGUUAGUGGUGUUAAAGGUAUAACUUAUUGGUGGGGAAAUUUUCUUUGGGAUUUAACAAACUAUUGUAUAUCAAUAGCAUUUUGUGUAGUUAUAUUUCUUGCAUUUGAUAUUCAAUCAUAUGUUUCCGGAAGUAAUCUUUUAUGUCUAUUAUUAUUAUUAUUUCUAUAUGGUUUUGCUAUAAUACCAUUAAUGUAUCCAAUAAAUUAUUUUUUUCAAACACCAUCAACUGGUUUUGUACUUAUAUCAUGUAUUAAUAUAUUUAUUGGUAUAAUAACAACGAUAUCAACAUUUACUCUCGAUAGUUUUGAUGAUGAACCUGAUCUUGUACGAGUUAAUAAUAUAUUAAAAAAAGUAUUUCUUAUUUUUCCACAUUAUUGUCUUGGACGAGGUUUAUUCGAUAUGAGUAUAACAUAUCAAACUAAUGCUAUCAGUACUAAAUAUAUUAUUGGUUAUGUUUCUACAUCACCAUUUCAAAUGAAUAUUGUUGGUCAAAAUCUAUUAGCAUUAUUUUUACAAGGUAUUAUCUUUUUUAUAUUUACUAUCCUCGUUCAAUAUCGAUUUUUUAUACCUGAUCGUGGUUGCAUUCAUAUGUCAACAAAUAUUAAAUCUUCAAAUGAAGAUAAUGAUGUUGCUACUGAACGAGAAAGAAUCUAUAAUGAUUCUAAUAAUACAAGUAAUGAUAUUCUACGAAUGGUUGAUUUAGUGAAAAUAUAUGGAUGGUUAUUUGGUAAACAAUUUACAGCUGUUAAACAAACAUGUGUAGGUAUAAAACAGGGUGAAUGUUUUGGUUUAUUAGGUAUAAAUGGUUCAGGCAAAUCAACAACUUUUAAAAUGCUUACUGGAGAAAUAUCUAUGACAGAUGGUAAUGCAUAUAUUAAUAAUUAUAGUGUUAUUAAACAAUUAGAUAAAGUUCGAGAAAAUAUCGGUUAUUGUCCACAGUUUGAUGCAUUGGAUUCGUUAUUAACAGCACGUGAACAUCUUUAUUUUUAUGCUCGUUUACGUGGAAUUAAAGAAAAAAAUAUUUCAUUUAUUGCUGAUUGUUUAUUAAAACGACUUGGUCUUACACUAUGGGCUGAUCGACCAGUAAAACAUUAUUCAGGUGGAAAUAAACGAAAAUUAUCAACAGCUAUUUCAAUUAUUGGAAAUCCAUCCAUCAUAUUUAUGGAUGAACCAACAACAGGAAUGGAUGUACGUGCUAAACGAUUUCUAUGGAAUUGUAUAUUAACAUUAACUCGUCAAGAUCAAAAAUCUGUUAUUAUAACAUCCCACUCAAUGGAAGAAUGUGAAACAUUAUGCAAUCGACUCGUUAUUAUGGUUAGUGGAGAAUUUAAAUGUCUUGGUAGUGUACAACAUUUAAAAGAAAAAUUUGGUGAUGGUUAUACAAUACUUGUUCGAACAAAUAUUGAUGUAAAAAGAAAAGAUAUUAUUGAUUAUAUUCAACAAUAUCUUCCAGAAGCUAUCGUUAAAGAAGUACAUAACAAAAUGAUACAUUUUCGUGUAUCAACAAAUGUUCCGUUAUAUAAAAUGUUUAGUAUAUUAGAAAAAGCACGAGAAGAAUUAUUAAAUCUUAUAGAAGAUUAUACUAUUUCACAAGUGACACUUGAUGAUGUAUUUGUAAAUUUUGCUAAAAUGCAACAAGAUGAUCAAAUAAUAGAACAAAUAUCUAAUCAAGAAAAUCAUUAUGAAUUAAUGCAUCGAACUAAUCGUAUUGAACCAACGUGA